AUGGCCACCCGCUGCCAGGCCCGUCACCCUUCCCUGCUCCUGGCGGAGGUGAAGGUGUCUGGUGAAGAGCAGAGGAAGCCCCAGGACCCGGCCACUGUGGACGAAGUCCUGCGCCUGCUCGAUGAAGACCACACCGGGACGGUGGAGUUCGAGGAAUUCCUGAUCUUAGUGUUUAAAGUCACACAGGCCUGUUUCAAGACAUUGAAUGAGAGCCCUGAGGGAGCCUGUGGGACUCAGGAGUCCCAAAGCUGCGCCCCCCGGGCCUCGCCAGAGCAGGGGGAAGGACAGAGCAGUGGCCCAGAAGAGGGGAGAGCUGGGGGACGCCAGCAUCCCCAGGCGAGCAGCGGUGGACAGAGCGGGCAGGGAGAGACUGGGGCUCGGACCCAGGGCCAGGCCCCCGGCUCUGCUCAGGUCAGUCACCGUGACAGGCAGUCCGAGUCUCAGGGACAGCAGGGAGGGAGCCGACAGACACCAGCGAGGGGGCACGUGGAGCCCACCCAGAGAGCAGGAGAAGACCAGGGUUGUCGGACCAGAGACGAGAGGUCAGAGAGACAGUCACAGGCCAGGGAACAGGACAGAGCCCACCAGACAAGUGAGACCGUGACUGGAACCGAAACUCUAACCCAGACGGGUGCCACCCAGACCGUGGCGCGGGACAGGAGCCAGCAGUCAGGGGGCACCAGCUCCCGGUCACAGGAAUCCUUCCAUGGCCAGACCAGAGGGACUGAGACCCAUGGUCCACACAGGAGCCAGACAAGCCAAGUGGUGACCAGACCCAUUCCAACACAGACAGAGUCACAAAGCCAGACUGUGGAGCAGGACAGGAGCCAGCAGUCAGGGGGCACCAGCUCCCAGUCACAGGAAUCCUUCCAUGGCCAGACCAGAGGGACUGAGACCCAUGGUCCACACAGGAGCCAGACAAGCCAAGUGGUGACCAGACUCAUUCCAACACAGACAGAGUCACAAAGCCAGACUGUGGAGCGGGACAGGAGCCAGCAGUCAGGGGGCACCAGCUCCCGGUCACAGGAAUCCUUCCAUGGCCAGACCAGAGGGACUGAGACCCAUGGUCCACACAGGAGCCAGACAAGCCAAGUGGUGACCAGACUCAUUCCAACACAGACAGAGUCACAAAGCCAGACUGUGGAGCGGGACAGGAGCCAGCAGUCAGGGGGCACCAGCUCCCGGUCACAGGAAUCCUUCCAUGGCCAGACCAGAGGGACUGAGACCCAUGGUCCACACAGGAGCCAGACAAGCCAAGUGGUGACCAGACUCAUUCCAACACAGACAGAGUCACAAAGCCAGACUGUGGAGCGGGACAGGAGCCAGCAGUCAGGGGGCACCAGCUCCCGGUCACAGGAAUCCUUCCAUGGCCAGACCAGAGGGACUGAGACCCAUGGUCCACACAGGAGCCAGACAAGCCAAGUGGUGACCAGACUCAUUCCAACACAGACAGAGUCACAAAGCCAGACUGUGGAGCAGGACAGGAGCCAGCAGUCAGGGGGCACCAGCUCCCGGUCACAGGAAUCCUUCCAUGGCCAGACCAGAGGGACUGAGACCCAUGGUCCACACAGGAGCCAGACAAGCCAAGUGGUGACCAGACUCAUUCCAACACAGACAGAGUCACAAAGCCAGACUGUGGAGCGGGACAGGAGCCAGCAGUCAGGGGGCACCAGCUCCCAGUCACAGGAAUCCUUCCAUGGCCAGACCAGAGGGACUGAGACCCAUGGUCAACACAGGACCCAGACAAGCCAAGUGGCAACUAGACCCAUUCCAACACAGACAGAGUCACAAAGCCAGACCGUGGAGCAGGACAGGAGUCAGACCCCGUGCCACACCGGGCUUGGAGAGCAGGGACAGACCCAGAGGCAGUCAGGCCGUGGUCAAAGAGGGACAACAGACAGUGUCCGUGAGGCAGAAGGGUCAGAGCCGGGACAGGCCCAGCCCGGGGCGAGCGCCCUGACGGGCGGGCAGGUCGGGAGCAGCACUCCCCCGACGUGCAGUGUGACGGGCGGGCAGGGAGGGGGGCGGUCCUCAGUGGUUGAGCGGGAGUGGGUCGACGACCCCGCAAGGGAGACGGUGAUCGGGAGGCAGGACCGGGGCGGCCCGUGCGCCCACGUGCCUCCCGCGCCGGGCCGGGAAGGAGCCCAGCGGAAGUGA